GUUCGUGAGCCAAAACUAGGGAUGAUGCAACUUCUGCAGGCGACGUCCACUGAACUCUGAAGCAAGGGUCAAUUCAAAGAAGCAAGCACAAGCUAAAGCAUCAGCUACAGCAGCAGCGGCAGCUCAACCUUCAGAUAUCCAGGCGCAAUGGACACCCCGCUCGCUCCGCCGCUGCGCCUGACGCCCAAGUACGCGCCGACGAGCGUCUCGCACGCGCAAGUAGCCGAUACCAUCGGCUGGUUCCUCAACGCCUACUCGGAGCGCACGGGCGGCGUGCCGUCCGCCGGGCCGAAGAAUGCGCACGAAGCCAUGAUGGCUGCCGCUGCGUUUGGGAGCGUCGAGAUGGAUGACGGCGCUGCGCGAGAGGGCGCAGGUGCCGACGGUGCCACACAGCCGCAGCAUGACGUCUCAGCCGCCGCAGGGAACACGGUCAUCACCACGCAGCUUAACAGGCUCAAGGAGGAACUCAGGCACUCUUGAAUAGCUUGGGAAGACCUGCUCGCCCCCUUGUCAAAAUACUUCCAAGGUCAAGUCACUAGCAAACACUCUGAUUUCCUCAUCCACUGGUCGCUUCACAAGAUCUGCCAGUCAAGCCAGAAUGGAGC